UUUCAGACACGAUUUUUCAGCUGAGACACUACAGAGUAAUUAACUACUUGGCAUACAAACAGUAGUAAUAAUGGUAGUUAAAGUAGCAUUCUUAGGUCCAGAAGGUACCUAUACACAUCAGGCUGUUUUACAACAAUUUGGAAAUAAUCCUAAUGAAAUUGAAAUAUAUCCUAAGAAACUUAUAGGUGAUUGCUUUAAUGCUAUUGAUGCAGAAGAAGUAGAUUAUGCUGUAGUUCCAGUUGAGAAUUCUACUAAUGGACAAGUUGUCUUUACAUAUGAUUUAUUAAGAGAUUGGUACCUUGUACCGAAUCAAAAUACAUCAGCACCAAAGUUUAAGAUUGUGGCUGAACAAUUCGUUGCAAUUCAUCAUAAUUUUAUGACUAAAACCAAAGAUUUAAAACAAAUAAAGACUAUAUAUUCUCAUCCACAAGUAUGGACUCAAGUAACAGAAUUCUUUAAAUCAAAUAAAUUAGAUUUUUCAUCAAUAGCUAAAAUAGAUGCUACAUCUACUUCAAAAGCUGCAGAACUUGUAUAUGAAGAUAAAACCAAUACUACUGCAUGUAUAGCAUCCAAUAUGAGUUCUGAAUUAUAUAGAUUACCUAUAGUAUAUCCAAAUAUUGAAGAUAAUUCAAAGAAUACUACUAGAUUCUUAGUAUUAGGUUAUAAAAAUCCUCCACCAUUACCAGAACAACCUUCAACAAAACCUAAUCAAUUUAUAACAUCAAUUAUAUUUACAUUAAAUCAUGAUGAUCCUGGUGCACUUUGUGAUGUAUUAGUAAAAUUUAAAGAUAAUAAGAUCAAUUUAUCAUCGAUUAAUUCGAGACCUUCACAUUUAAAACAAUGGCAUUAUGUAUUCUUUCUAGAAAUAACAGGAGAUUUGAAUACUAAUACCAAUUUAAAACAAUCACUUGAAGAACUUAGUAAAAGUUGUCAAACAUUAGUAGUAUUAGGUACAUUUGAGAGAAGUUGGAGAUAUUUCUCAUAAACUUAAACUGUAAAUAAGAGACAUGCAUUUAUAUAUUAUAUUAUAUAUAUAUAAUAAAAACCCUAAUCGUAAAAAGAAAAUCAUGCAAUGAGAAAAGAAUGAUUAUCAAACAAAUAUAUAUUUGAUAUAUUUGAUAUAAUCGAUAAUCAA